CUGUUAAUUAGUGGUCACAAUAUCGAGUUGCUUGAUGGUGAUUCUGCAACUAUAUCUGAAGCUUGGUUCUUAGCCGUUUGUAAUUCUAUUAAUAAAAAAAUUUCUAAUCUUAGGAUUUUUGUAAUCAGUAUACUUGGAUUACAAUCUUCUGGAAAAUCCACUCUUCUAAAUGCACUUUUUGGAUGUAAAUUUGCUGUUUCAGCUGGACGUUGUACUAAGGGGAUUUUUAUGCAAUUCUUAUUUUUGGAAAGAGACUUAUCUAAUCAACUUGGUGUUGAUGCUUUUAUCUUGAUUGACACUGAGGGACUUUGUGCACCAGAAAAUAUAGGUGAACCAGAAUCAGAAAAGAAGGAUCAAAAGUUAGCAAAGUUUGCAAUGCGAAUAAGCAAUUUAACAAUUAUUAAUAUACUCGGAGAAUCGACAAGAGAAUUGACUAAAAUCUUGCAAAUAGUCACUAAGAUAUUAAUGCAUCUUGACAUGUCACCUGACAUACUUAUGGUGCAACAUGCUACGGAAAAUAAUGCGACAAAGUCAAUAGAUCUAGAACCGAAACUUCAAGAAAUUCUUCAGGGAGUUUUAGAAAUAGCCAAAAAAGAAAAUAACAAGAUAGGAACACGCAAUCUUGAACGUCUUAGUAAGGUGAAUAAUAAAAAACUUGUCAAACUAUUUGCACCAUUUAAAGAUGGUAUAGCUGCUUAUUCUCCACCAUCGAAACAAUAUCACAAGGAUGUUGUUGAAUUCUACAAUUCUAUAAUUGAUAAUUGCAAAAAUUCACAAAGCAAAAAGAAAUUUGCAGAUUGGUUUUUACUAAUUAAAAGUUAUUGGGAUGCAGCAUCACGUGAAAAUUCCUCGUUCGAAAAAAUAGAAGAAACAUAUGAUUUUAUUGAGUUUGGGAAACAAGUUGCAAGACUGAAAGGAACUAUCGACAUGGCAUUUUUAAAACAUAAGGAAUUUAUCGAAACUAAAAUUAGAUCUAUUGUUUAUAAAUGGCUUUCAAAUAAAGAUUCAAGCGUUAAUUCAGUUAAUUUAAUUAAUUCUAAAUGUGAAAAAUUGAUUAAAACUUUGAACAAUAUUCCAGAGUUUAAAAGUCAGAAGUGUAAAGAAGAGGCUAAUCAAACAAUAAAUAAUUAUAUUGUUUCUCGCCGUGAAUUUAUAACCACAAAGCUUGAAAAUAUGCUUGAGGGUAUUUUAAUCCGAAAUAGAUUUUCUAUAUUUAUUGACAGGGUAUUAGAAAAGGUCUUAAAAGCAUGGAAGAAAUUGCCUAAUGAAAAGAAACUUGAAGAAGCAGCAAAUAAAAUAUGGAAAUUAUUACGUGACAGGGAAUAUGCAACUAUGUGGUCAUCAACAAACUUUUUUAAAAUUUACAAAUAUAGAAUUAUUCCAGAAUUAUCUAAAAUUGAUGCAAUUCGUAAUGUCGGUUUGGCAGGCUUUUCUAAUGAUAAACUUAUGGAACUUAAACAAGAUAUUAAUCUUGUGGUAGAACAAAUGUUACGUAAUAUUAAAAAGUUUAAUCCUAGAAUUAGAGAAGAUGGUAGAAAUUCAAUACACGUGGGAUCAGAUAAUACACCACUUAGCGUGCUUGAUCAAAGGAAAAAUGAAUAUGUAGAAAUUAUCAAGCUUCGUCUUCAAUACGGUCAUUCACAUAUAUUUAAAGGUCAUUUGACUGGGGUUUAUUUGUCGAGAGCUGUUCAUCAAAAAGCAGUAGAUGCAGAAUACCGGGAUCGAAGAGAUGAUGUACUUAGCAUCCCUUGGAUAAAAAAUUCUGAAACAAUUAGACUUAAAUAUUUUGUUGAACUUGCUGAACAAGUUCAUAAUGGUGACAAAGAUAAUGCAGUACAGCACUUUUUAAAACCUCAAGAAAAAUUUGAUGGUGUUCGGCAGGAAAUUCUUAAUUGUAAAAAUUAUGAAGAUAUCAAAAAAUUUGUAAAUAAUUAUAUGGCACAAGUUGACGCUAUUAUGAAAGAGCUUGAUGUCAAAUGGAAUGGUCAUUUUCAACUUGAAGAAGAAUCACUACCAAAUCUAUCUGAUGAUGAAUUGAUUAAGAAAAGACUUGGAUGCACAGUUCCAUGUUUCUGGUGUGGUGCUUUGUGUUGGGGAGAAAGAGGCCACGAUAAUGAUAGUGGUGAAACCAAAAUACAUCAUUCUAGCCAUCAGCCGGCAGGUCUUAAGGGGACUCGCAAUAUGAGAACGAAUGAAUUGCGAGCGGAAGCAUGCCAUAACCGUUUGGAUGUAACACAAAUGCAUUAUAACGCGACUAUAAAAAAAUGGGGUGAUGCAAAAACCACUGACUUCAAAGAUUGGAAAUUUGAACCUCAUUAUGUAACUGAUUUUAAUGAAAUUAUGUGUUGGUUUUUCGAAAUGUUGCAUGAAGACCUGGCAGAAAAGUGGAAUAAAAAACCAGCAGCUGAGUGGGAUUUAGAAACGAAUG